AGGGGACAUGGGAUGGAGCACCUUCAGAGAAAGACUGACAAAAGCCACACUUAGGUACAAGAUUAGGCUUGAGAGAAUGGAUGAUGCAAGAAUAGCAAGGAAGGUGUACCUGUGGAAUGAAAGUGGAAGCAAAUGGAGGAAGAGAUGCAUGAGAAUGACAGACAGGAAUGGAUUGCAAGUUGUGUGGGCGAUAAGAAUGGCUGGUAGGAAUCAAAAUGAGCGUGAAUGGGUGGUAACAAGAGGAGGAAGAGUGGGAGCCGAAUGGGAUGUGAGAAAAUGGAAGAAUGAGAUAGACAAAGAAGUGAAAUGUGUGGGACUGAAUGAAUGGAAGAAUGAGAUGGAAAGAAAGAAGACCCUGGAAUGGUACAAGGAGAAAGAGGCCCCGAGGUAUGAAAGGUGGUAUGAUGGAAGCCUGGGCGGUGAUCUUCUCUUCCGAGCGAGGGCACAGUGUAUGGAUGUGAAUGCAAGGAGUUACAGGUGGUCUGAGUCCCGCAGCAAAGUGUGCCAGAUGUGUGACAUGGGAGAGGAUGAGACGGUGGAACAUGUGGUGCUGGAGUGUGUGCAGUAUGCCAGAGACAGGAAUGAGAUGAUGCAAGUGAUACUGACUGAGUUAAGGCAUGAUAAGAAUGAAAGAGUGGAGAAGACAGGAAAGGAAUGGAUGGUAUUGUUGCUGGGACUGUGUAGAGAGGCGAAUGAAAGGAUGAUUGAGGCGGUGAAAGAGUUUCUGGAGAGAAUGUGGCGUGCCAGGUGUAUGAACAAUUAGGAUAGAGGAUGCUGUUCGUUUCUCUUUUUUUUCCCCUUUCUACAGGAGUUGCCGAUCCAAAGGCCUGGCUCAGGAGUGAUCCUGUGCCACCUGUACCAUCAAGAUCAAGAUCAAGACCAUCAAGAUCAAGAUCAAGAUACGGCAAACCCUACUGGUGGGCCCAUAGGGGUGACGAGGACUUUGUCGAAUAUUAUGUACUGACGCCACUCACAGCAUUAGUCAUCCAGCAUGCCUCUACAGUGCUACAGGGUGACAGUGGAACCUGUGCUGUUCCUCUAUAUGCUUGGUAUCUUUAUGCUGCUGCCAGCACUGCAGGACCUCAUAUACAGCAAGGUAUGCCUGGAAACAUUCAGCAAGGAUGUGUGUGAUGACCUCUACUCCAGCAAAAACAGUGAAGCUCUGGAUGUUGUGCAGAGCAAUUCAUCCCACUGGGUGCUGGGAUCCACCCUUGCUCUUGCUUUCACCUCCAUCAUCACUGCACAAUUCCUUGGAUCCUGGAGUGACACCUACGGCCGCAAAAUUCCUAUGCUGCUUCCUCCCUUAGGUGGAGUAUUUGCCAGCUUUGUGUAUAUUGUGCUGAGUGUGGAGAUGACUGAGGCACCAGUGUCUCUAAUCCUUCUGGCAUCAGUCAUUGCUGGCCUGGGUGGUGGCUUCACCUCAUGCAUCAUGACUUGUAUGAGCUAUGUUGCACAAGUGAGCGACACCCAGGCAAGGACUGUACACGUGGGUAUCCUGGAGAGCAUGAUAUAUGUUGGGGGUACUCUGGGCCCAUUGCUGGGUGGGUGGAUGCAGCAGGCCUGGGGCAGGUCAACCACUUUCACUGUCAUCAUGGCAGUGAACGCAACAAUCAUUGUCUACAUUGUCAUGUUUGUUCGUAACAUUCUUCCUAGACAUCCCCCAGAGGCAUCAUGGGUGAAGAGUGGCUGCUCAUUCCACCACCUCAGGCGCUCUGCUGCCACAGUUUUCAAACAGCGACAGGAGAAGCGCCGCACCUGCCUGCUGUGGCUGUUGGCAGCAGCAUCACUCGUCAUGUUCUGUACCGCAGGAGAGAUAGACAUAUCCUACCUGUACGUCAAAGAUAAGCCCAUCAAGUGGCCCUUUGUGAAGUAUACAUGGUAUUUCUCCUUUAAGUAUGGGCUGGGAGCACUGGCCUUGGCAGUGAUACUGCCUCUGUGCUCCCGCACACCAGACAUGCUGCUGGUGGUGGCUGGACUAAUCAGCAAGAUUGUGGGCUUUGUGAUCUUGGCACUGGCCUGGAAUGAUGCCACUGUAUUCAGCAGUGCUGCAGUGGCCUUGCUGAGUAGCUGGCCAGUGUCCAUCAUACGGGCUGCCAUGUCUAAGUUGGUGGAGCCCAGUGAACAAGGUAAGUUGUUUGCCUUUGUGGCACUGCUUUGAGAACAGCUGCACCCUGCUGGCCUCAGGAGUGUUCAACAGUCUGUACCCGGCCACCAGACACAUUCUACAUGGCUUCACUUUCUUCAUGGCUGCAGUGCUGCUGCUCAUUGUUGUGCUCAUUGUCAGUGUGCUGCAUCACUCACUACUUCGCACUUAACACUAUUGAAUUUGAGGAGCUAUCUGAAGAAAGAGUAAGAGGAGUAGAGGAAGAUGAAGAGGAAGGAGAAAUUCAGAGAGCAGCACACCCAGAACCCCUCCCAAUUCAGGAAGAGGAGGAAGAAGCUGUGUUAGCUGAAGGUACCGUAGAGCAGGGAGUAGAUGGGAAUUGGAGAACAAAGCCUUGAGGGAAAAUCUCUUGGUUCCAUUGAAACUAACAAUGGCAGAAUGCAGUAGAUAAGUAUGUGUAUGUAUGUAGAUAACUAACCUGGUUUUAGACACUUAUAAAAUUUAUUUUUGAGCUUCAUAGUGAUUCAGUUUGUCAAUUACUCUGAUAAUUAUUGUAUUAGCAGAUGUUAACUAUAAACAAGACUCUGCUGGUUUAGUUACAAUCAGUGUGUUCCAGUAUGCUGUUACUGCACUACCUACUUUAUUCAUGUACCUAUGUUAUUGCUGGUUGUUUAAGUUAGUUCUAGUAACUGAGUACCCAGUGAACAGAGCUGCUGUUUGAUGAAGUACAGAUGUGUUGCAUGUGUUUUGUGUUGAAAGAAAUUUAUUCAUAGAUGUGUUCACUGAUGGUGGCUUCUGACAUGUGAUAUCUGAUUCUAAGGUGAAAUACUGGUGUGUACAUACUCCAGCAAUAGUAUACAUCUUUCAGAAGUUGUGGUGUGAUAUGAAUUAUGCAAUGUAGCAAGCAGUAGAUACUAGACAAAUGUGCCAUGGUAGGCAGGAUUUCUGCAGAGAAGAGCAGUUAAGAUAUUUGGUUAUGAUAUCAUGAAAACAAAGCAAGUUUUCCUGUGCUAUGCUGUCUUUCAUAGAGGCUUAGGCCCUGUUCACGUGAGGCGUUUUUCAUCCAUGGCAGUCACUGCACUGUAAUCAUACACAUGAGGCAUUUCCAACCACAGUGGGCCAUUGCGACAUUUGUAUGUGUUUGUGCCAAACAAUACACAGGCAUGUCCAAGGAAUAACAGGAUGGAUGUGGAGGAGGCAGCAUAUGUUUGGCUAUUGCAUCACUGUUUGAAACGGAGCAAGCAGUGAGAGAGAUGACAUUGGGUUCAUCUAGUUUUACAAGACAGACUUGCUCAUGGCAUGUAUACUACCUUUGUACCCAUGUCUUAGGGAGCAUGACAGAAAGUUUUUCAGUUAUUUUAGAAUGUUGGUGAAAUCAUGCACAUUCUCCGUCCUCACUGGUAGUGUUGUAGCCAAUGAAGGAAUGCUGUGCCUUCUAACUGGUGGUGGCAGCCACUUUGUCUGUGUGAACAAUGCCAUAGCCUUCAAUGUACCUUGAACUGCCUGCCAUCUGAGCAUUUGCAAAGGUAUGGUGGUACCUCUGCAGUUGACAAGUGAUCCCUUUGGCUGCCAUUGACUUUGCUACCAUGUGUUUGCUACUGUUUGUUUGAAAAUGCCUUGUGUGAACAGGGCAUUUUGCAGCCAGCAUGGACCAAAAGUGGGCUUUGUUGGUGACAGAAGACCUGUGUUCAUAACAUAUCAAUACUAUAAUCGUUUUAUAUAUCAAUGAGUGGCUUAAAACUACCACUAUGUUAGACAUUAGCUAUAGAUUUAAUUAUAUUUCCACACCUGCACAAGUGAAGUAAAUACUGCAUUACUGCUAGGUCUCGUUCAACACGUUUUCAUUGCACACGAAUGCACAUGAUGCAAUGCUUACCCAGAACAUAGCCUUUUCAUAUGUUAAGACCUUGAAAUUCAUACAGGUAAACACACACACACACACACACACACACACACACACACACACACACACACACACACACACACACACACACACACACACACACACACACACACACACACACACACACACACACAGAA